CUUGACGCAGCUGUGGGGGCAACAGCGAACGAAGCUACCGUCAACGAGUGUGUAAAGUGCAACAAAAAUGAAAGCUGUCCAUUGACUUUGCCUUUUCAUUGCCGUGCAGACACGAGGAUACUUUCUCGGAUAAGCCGUUAUCUUGUCAUUUUUCUGCCUGAAGACAUCCGCCGGGCUCAGCUGACAGCCGUUGGGCCUCGUCGUCGCGGCCCAGCAGGACUCGAGUGAAGUUGAGAGCGGACUACCAAACUUCUGCUUCCUCCAGCGGCUCUCCGCGGGGCCCGGGGCUCCUGUCACCGGCCCUGUGGAUGAGGACGUGAGAAGCAAUCUAAUCAGCCCCCCAGGAGAAAGGAAUCCCUUUGAUGGGAGAAUCCUCUUUCCCGGCCUCCUGGGUCAAUCGCCGUGCCACGAUGAUGGAUGAGCAGGAGGCGCUGAACUCGAUCAUGCAGGACUUGGCCGAACUGCACCGCUCCAGCCGUCCUGCCAUGUUCCUGUCGGACCUGGGCAAACCCAAAGCCUCCUCGCCCAAGAACCAGAACGACGUCAGAGUGAAGUUCGAGUUCAAAGGGGAGAAGAGGAUCCUGCAGUUCCCUCGACCCGUCAAGCUGGACGACCUGAGGUCAAAAGCUAAAGUGGCUUUCGGUCAGACGAUGGACCUUCACUACACCAACAAUGAGUUGGUGAUUCCACUGACGACUCAGGACGACCUGGACAAGGCCGUGGAGCUGCUGGAUCGCAGCGUUCACAUGAAGAGCCUGAAGAUCCUGCUGGUGCUGCAGAUGUCCUCUCAGAACUCUUCCUCCAGUAUGGACCUCUUGCCGUCCCACGAGGAGCUGGACAACACAGGAUUCAGGGUCGCUGACAAGAAGAGCAUGCUGGCUUUGAUAGGUUCCCAUUCGACGGAUCGCAGCUCUCCUCCUCCAGGAUACAUUCCCGACGCUCUCCAGCAGGUGGCGAGGAACGGCUCCUUCACCAGCAUCAACAGCGAGGGGGAGUUCAUCCCCGAGAGCAUGGACCAGAUGUUGGACCCACUGUCCAUGAGCAGUCCGGAGAACUCGGCGUCGGGAAGUUGUCCCUCUUUAGACAGUCCACUGGACAGCGACUACCCGAAGUCCAGGAUGCCCAGAGCACAGAGCUACCCAGACAACCACCAGGACUUCCCAGAGUACGACAUCCCAGUGUUUGAGAAGUCGGGGAAAGGGGGGACGUAUCCGCGGCGAUACGGUAUUCCCUUCGGCCUUCAAGACUACAGCGAUGGGAGGAAGACCUUCCCUCGGGCUCGGCGAACGCAGGUUCACGGCUUCCGCUCGCCGGUCAGCUUCAGCCCGACCGAGCAGUCGCCCAGCACCAGCAGCGGCAGCAGCGUCUUCACCCCCGACCUGGAGGAGGCCCCGGGACCCGCCAGGAGGCCGCGGCGGGGCAGCGACAUCGAGCCCAACCCCAAUCCGACGGCCGCUCCCACCCUCUCCGUCAUGGACAUCAGUCCGCCCAGCCGCUCUCCACGAGCUCCAACCAACUGGCGGCUGGGGAAGCUUCUGGGUCAGGGAGCCUUCGGGCGGGUUUUCCUCUGUUAUGACGCCGAUACUGGGCGGGAACUGGCGGUCAAACAGGUCCAGUUUGACCCGGAGAGUCCGGAGACCAGCAAGGAGGUGAGCGCGUUGGAGUGUGAAAUCCAGCUUCUGAAGAACUUGUGCCACGAGCGGAUCGUCCAGUACUACGGCUGUCUGCGGGACACCAUGGAGCGCACGCUCUCCAUCUUCAUGGAGUACAUGCCCGGCGGCUCCAUUAAAGACCAGCUGAAGUCGUACGGAGCGCUGACGGAAAACGUGACGCGCCGCUACACCCGGCAGAUCCUGGAGGGCGUUUCCUACCUGCACAGCAACAUGAUCGUCCACAGGGACAUCAAAGGAGCCAACAUCCUUCGUGACUCGGUGGGUAACGUGAAGCUGGGAGACUUCGGCGCCAGUCGGCGGCUGCAGACCAUCUGUCUGUCAGGAACAGGCAUCAAGUCGGUGACCGGCACGCCGUACUGGAUGAGCCCGGAGGUGAUCAGUGGAGAGGGCUACGGCAGGAAGGCCGACAUCUGGAGCGUUGGCUGCACCGUGGUGGAGAUGCUGACCCAACGACCCCCCUGGGCGGAGUUUGAGGCCAUGGCAGCCAUCUUUAAGAUCGCCACCCAGCCCACUAACCCGGUUCUCCCCGCCCACGUGUCGGACCACUGCCGAGAGUUUCUCAAACGGAUCUUUGUAGAGACCAAGCAGCGGCCGUCUGCUGAUGAGCUACUGAGGCACAUCUUUGUACAUUAACCCCACCCCUGAACCUUUAAACCCCGCCCGCCUGCCGAACUGCCAGAUACGGCCUUACCCGAUGGGGCGCCCCCGCCUCUGACCCCCCGCUCCCUCCACCUCCGAGCUGAAACCACAUCAGACCAGGAAGGACUGGCUGGAGCAAGGUGGGGCGUGUAGGCGGGGGGGUGGCGCGUACCUGCUCCUCCUGUCUCUGUUUGUAUGAGACUGCCAUAGAGGACAUAAGUUUUUAUUUUAUUUUUCUCCGCAAGUUGCACCUUAAUUUGUGAGAAACGGAGGGACGGAGCACUUCCUCCUGAAGCGACGAAAAACGACUAUUUGAAAACGUCUCCUUUUUUAUGUUUGUACGGUUCCUCUCUUCAAACGUCUUGGAGUGGGAUAGUGUCGGUGUUGUGGACCUACAGGAGGUGACGCCUGACUCUCAAUGGCUCUGCCCCCCCCCCCCCCCCCCCCCCCCCCCGCCCCCGCCCCUCCCCCCUCCCAUCUCGCUGACCCGACCCCAGAAUGUAGUCUCCUGCCAAAACCCAGAGCGAUGGUGAGGAGCUGGGCCCGCUGCUAUAGAGAACACUCCCCACCAACAGUUUCCACUCACCCUCUGGUCUCAGAUGAAAUGCUUUGCCUCUGCUUUACUGUCUGUAACCCCCCCUUCCCCCCCCCCCCCCCCUCCUCCCUCCCCAUCUUCGUUCUUUGCCGUGUGCCUUUUCUGUUUUGAAACGCAGUGAGUUUGUGGAUAAUCUCUGUCGUUCUUAGUCGCAGUCGUUCUGAGUGUCGUUUUUUUUUCUCCUCCUGGAUAAACUGCCUUUUGCACCGUUUAGCCCGAAUCCAGCUGAUCCCAGUUCAGCCGCAACGUCCGUUUCUGCCUUUUUCUGUAACACAGACUCUCCUGCUGUUGAGAUGGGGUCCCGCCUCAGCUCAGCUCACUCCGUUCGUUUGCCUGGUAACAAAAUAUGGUAACAGGUUUCACCUCCCGACCGGUUCUCCGACAGGGACUGGAACUUCUGCUUCACAGAAUCCAGACGUGUUGAUUUCUCGAAUGCACCUUUUGUCUCCUCUGCUUCUCAAAGUGUUGAGUGGUCUGAUUGGUUGGACUCUUGUGGAUUCAGAGUCAGUUCAUGGCCGUUAGAUCCUGACUUUUACCGGUACGUCACUGGUUUUAAUGCAGCCGUUACAUCAGUUAGCGGCCGCCUGGUGAGCAGAAUAUUUACGAAUAUUUCAUUUAAAAUCCUGUGUUUAAUACAGUUUGAUAUGAGAUAUAGUCAGGUCGUUCUGCAGAAGCAGUUUAUAGACGAAACAAUGAAUUUAUCAUUUUAGAAAAUAAUGGUGGGAUGAACUGACGGUGAGAUUAAUGAUCAGUUGCAUCAGAUCUGUCAUUAAAUGAGGAAACUCAGAAUAUGGCUCUUUGGUGGCGAAGAAACUUCCUGUCGACCACUUGAGACCACGAGAAGCACUGAAACUAAAGAGGAGCAUUUGAAGAGCGUCGAUCAAGGCGAGAGGUCUCGCAGCUGAUUGGCCAGAGGUCUGGCUGUAUGACGCUGUCCCGCUGUUGUCCGACAUGUGGAGCUGUAAAACCGGACGUUUCCAAACACCUCACGAGCUGCUCGUCGUUGAACCUACAGGUACAUAUCCAGUUAACUGUCUCUUCUUCUCUGCCGCUGCAGUCGGUCCCUUCCUGUCCUCCAUCACUCUGCCAUAUCACAGCACUCUCAUCGUGUCACAUGUUGUUUGUGUUGUUUGUGUUUGUGUUUUUGUUGUUCUGGCCUCACAUGCACUCCCACAGAACAGACCCGCUCUCCACGGUGUCGUUUACAGUUUCCCACAGAGCUUCACUCCUGAACAGCAGGCGGCGCUGCAGCUUCUGUAUCAGAACGUCAACUCGUCACUUUAGCCGAACCACAAACGUGCGCCGCGUCCCGCUCGGCUGUCGUCGUUGUCACCGCCGCCUCCGCUUCCUCUCGGGACCGAGCUUCAGUCACGUCUUUGUGUUGAAUACGAACGAUCCAUAGAGGUUGUUCAUGGCGUUGGCUCCACAACUAUGCACCAGUAACACCAGACUGCAGCUUUAAAUGAGCUCUCUGCAACCAGCGACCCCUCGGCUGAUGACGACCAGGAGGAGUCAUCUUGUUUUGGGCAGCUCUGCCAACAACCAAUCACGUGUUGGUUAAAUGUCCCGCUUCUUACACGUUCACUACAGACGAGUUCAGCCCUCACCUGGCUUCAUGUCAGACCUUGAUCCUCUCGCAGAAGUCAGACAGAGUAAUCAGAGUCUCGGUGUGUGUGUGUGUAGGUGUCAGUGUGUGUGUUGUUGUGGGCGGAGCUGCAGUGACAUAGAGAUUUACACACAGUGUCUAAGACAGAUGAGCUCGCAGUAAUAUUUACCGGCUCUUUACACAUUAGCUCUAAAAUGUCCCUGUGUGUCGUUUCAGUGACUUUAUUUGUUCUUAUUAUUUUUGAAACAAGUUGGUAACAUGUCAAACUCCUCCUUGACUUCCCACGAUGCACUGCAGCUGGUUGAGUGUUUGGAGACCUGAGAACAUGAAGCAGACUGACACACAGUGGUGAAGCUGCACGUUUCAACAGUGUCAGCCCGUAACUUCUUCUUCUACUGCUCCAGUGACACCACCUCAUUUUAUUAGUUUACUUUCCAGUAUGAAGUUGGAUAUUGGUGGAUGGACAGGCGGAUGUUUUUGGUUCUGAUCAGUAAACAAAUGACAUGUAGCUGUGAUAUAUUUGGUACGAAAACUUGCGAGGACGACAUGUAUCUGCAGAUGUUGUUGUAGUUUCCUGCAGUGUCCACCAGGUGUUGCUAAAGAGCCGUGUUUUACUGAUCGCACCUGUUCAACAGCUGCUGCUCCUCACCUUGAAUCAUCCAGGAAGUCAAAGCCAGAGUGACUCAGAGCUGCGAACCACAGGUCGUGAUUUUCCCUGAAGGCACUUAAACUGGUCUGAAAGAUUCAGCCCGUCUGUCGCUCUGUGGUCGUGUGUCUGUCAUCAGCCGGUAGCUCCGCACAGGUUGUGGAAACAAACUCCUCCUUCACUCACGUUAUGCAUUUUCCAAACGGUACCAAACAAACAAAGCUCCAGAGAAGAAGAAGUCAUUUUAGAGUAUUUGCAAAUCAGCCUCCUGUAUUGAGUUGGAGGCGGCGUACAGUAAACUGUCUGGUACAGAUGGAGGUUCAGUUGUAAAACGCCGCCAGCACUGGUAAACCUUGAUACGCACUACCAUUAUGCACUAUCGAUUAUUCACUGAUGCUUUUUCACGAUUCCUCGUCAGCUGUCGCUCGUGCAGCUCGGUUCAGCGACCUUUUCUUUGCACAUUUUAAAGACUAUUCUUUAUUUUUACACAAGUGUGAAUGUGAGCGGGUGUGCGCGUGUGUGUGUGUGUGUGUGUGUGUGUGUGUGUUGUGUGUGUGUGUGUGUGUGUGUGUGUGUGUUGAGGGUUCAGUUAGCGAUGACCUGUACAUGAAUGUAUUGUCUCAUUUCUACCGUCAGAUGGCCUCGUUCACCACAGUGGAUUAAACUCUUUGGUACCAGUAUUUGCCACCUGCAGACGCCAAGAUACACCUGUAGUUCUCUCUUUAGUGUCUAAAGCCACUGCUGCCACUCCUGGAUGUGUGUGAGUGUGAGUGUGUGUGUGUGUAAUUUGUAUGUGUGUGUGUGUGUGUGUGUGUGUGUGAGUUUGUAAACGUGCAUUUACUGCAAUUUGUGCUCAUUGGACACUGCGCCUGAAAUGCCUUGAGCAUUCUGACUGUAGGGGGUGAGAACAUUAAAAUAAUAAUGAAAAUGAAAUUUAAAAAAAAUCAUGUACAAAUGUAUAAAAUGAAAAUGUACCCUUUUUUUUUUUUUAAAGAAAAGUACACUUAUAUCCCACAUGUUUGGUCUCUGUGUAUUGUAAAAGAAGCCAUGUUUAUAAUUCUAAUUGGUUUGUGACCAAUACGCCUGUUUAUAUCAGAUCUGUAUAUCAGUGGUACGCAUAAUUUUUUAAUAUAUAUUUUUUAUUUUACCUUUUUUUUAAAUGGGAGAUUGUAUGGUUGCAUGGUUGGGUCCUGAGAGACGCAGCAGUGCCGUUGAAUGGUUGCUGUUUUUUGGCAAAAUUCUGGAGUAUUGCCACAGCUCUGUGUUCAUAAUUACAACAAUUAUGACUAUGACGAUGAAAACAAUAAAAGAUAUUUAUUUCA